AUGUCCACUUGUGCCUCCUUCUACGGUAUCACACUCAGUUCUUCAUCUUCAACCUUCAAGAAUCUUCUAUCUUCUCAUUACCCAAAUAAAAUUCAAGUUAAUUCAUCACCAUUUUCAUUUCUUCCUUCACAUCUAUCCAAAACCUCCGUGUUCAAUACAAAAAGACACAUCGUUGCAACUGCUUCAACUCCCACAGCUCUUGAAUCACCUCCUAAAUCUUCAUUUCGAGACAAACCCCCCAAAGACAUCAAUGUGUUAGUCGUGGGUUCAACUGGGUAUAUCGGAAAUUUUGUGGUUAAAGAACUGGUUAACAGAGGGUUCAAUGUGAUUGCAGUUUGCAGAGAAAAAAGUGGAAUCAAAGAUGUUACCCAAUUGGAUAGCUUACAGCAAAGUCUACAAAAUUUGGGGGUUUCGAUUGAUGUUGUCGUAUCUUGUCUCGCUAGUCGAUCUGGAGGUGUUAAAGAUUCAUGGAAAAUUGAUUACGAAGCCACCAAGAACAGUCUUUUAGCCGGUAGGACUUUUGGGGCUAAACAUUUUGUUCUGUUAUCUGCAAUCUGUGUACAAAAACCCCUUCUCGAAUUCCAACGCGCAAAGUUAAAAUUCGAAUCGGAAUUGAUCAAAGAGGCUGAAAACGAUGAUGAUUUUAGUUACAGCAUUGUUCGGCCAACAGCUUUCUUCAAGAGUUUAGGAGGGCAGGUCGAGCUUGUGAAAGACGGGAAGCCAUAUGUGAUGUUUGGCGAUGGGAAAUUAUGUGCUUGUAAGCCGAUUAGCGAGCCAGAUUUGGCUUCGUUUAUAGCAGAUUGUAUGUUAAGUACUGAUAAAAUUAACCAGAUUUUGCCGAUUGGUGGACCUGGGAAGGCGUUGACGCCAUUGGAGCAAGGGGAGAUGUUGUUUAAACUCGCGGGAAAGAAACCUAAUUUUAUUAAAGUCCCAAUUGAGAUUAUGGAUUUUGCUAUUGGGGUUCUUGAUUUUCUUGUGAAGAUAUUUCCUUCAAUGGAAGAUGUAGCGGAAUUUGGGAAGAUAGGGAGGUAUUAUGCAGCUGAAAGUAUGUUGGUUUAUGAUCCUGAAACUAAGGAAUACAAGGCUGAGGAAACACCGAGUUAUGGGGAAGAUACAUUGGAAGAUUUCUUUAAAAGGGUGCUUGAAGAAGGGAUGGCUGGGCAAGAACUUGGAGAGCAAAUAAUUUUUUGA